AAAGGAUGAGCGCGACCGAGUCGAGUGCGUCGGCGCCUGCCUCGCCGCCCAGGGACCUGAGCACACUGACCACCAGCAACGCCACGCCGGAUCAACUUUUGGCGAUUUUGCACGAGCUCCGCAACUCGGUUGGCCCGAAGGUUGUGAACAAUGCUAUUGCCAAGGUGAUGCGCGUGCCGGUGGAGAAGCUGGGGCAGGUCACGCCCGCCGACGUGAGGAAGAAGACGAAGAAGGAGAAGCAGCUUCUGAAGCAGCAGAAGAUGGCGGAGAACGCCAACAACCCGGCAGGACCCAACCAGCCGCAGAAGAAAAAGAAGAAGCGUGAGUUUAACAUGAGCAACUACACGAUGCGUGCGGUGGCGGUCAAGUUCUUGUACCUCGGAGAAAAGUACGCCGGUUUCGCGCGCCAGGACCACAUGCCCGAGACGGUGGAGCGCUAUCUGCUGGAGGCGCUGGUUCGCUCCAAGUUGAUUGAGAAUGUGGACGAUGCUGGCUACUCGCGUUGUGGCCGGACGGACCGCGGCGUCAGCGCUUUUGGACAGGUUGUGGCGCUCCGCAUUCGCUCGAACUUGCCAGCUACCGCCGAGCUGCUCAGCGCGCCAUCGAUCGACGAUGUGCGGCCUGGCGACAAGUUCCAAGUGCGGUUGGAGUCUGGAGAGAUCAAGACGCUGACGGAGGUCGACUACGCUUCGCAUAUCAACCGCGCGCUGCCCGCCGACAUUCGCGUGUACUCGGUGGCUUCCUGCCGACCGGAGUUCAGCGCUCGCUUCGACUGCAAGGCCCGUAUGUACCGUUACUUUUUCGUGCGCCGCGACCUGGACAUUGAGAAGAUGCGCACUGCCGCGCAGUUCCUGGUGGGCAAGCACGACUUCCGCAACUUCUGCCGUAUUGACCCCAACUGCCACGUGUACGAGCGCAACGUGCGCUCUUUCGAGAUCGUCGAGUGCCCGGGUCAGCGUGCUGAUGACCCCAGCCAGCAAAUGUUCCGCUGCGAAGUCUUCGGUCGUGCGUUCCUGUGGCACCAAGUGCGCUGCAUGGUCGAGGUGCUGUUUUUGAUCGGCUCGGGCCAGGAGGAGCCCAGCAUCAUUCCGAGGCUGCUGGACAUUGCGCAGACGCCACGCAAGCCGCAGUACGACAUGGCGUCCGACUUGCCGCUUGUCCUGCACGACUGCUACUUCGCUGACCCAGACGAUGCAGAGGGGUCCGGCCCACGCUUCGAGAACACGCCGCUCGCGUUGCUGCAGGUUCACGCUCAGCUCACGGAGAUGUGGGAGAAGCGUUCUGUGCAGGCAGCGAUGCUGCGUAGCCACCUCGACGCGCUAGAGGCUUUCCGCGUCGAGGCAGCUUUGGUGGUGAAGGACUUGGAUCACUACGCGCCCAAGCUGGAACAGCUGAUGCGCGAGCGCAAGCUGCUGACCGACGAAGGCGGUGACGUCGUGCAGUGGAAGGACGUGAGUCCUCUGCUCCCGCUGUCCAAGAAGAAGAAGACGCUGCCGUUGGCCAAGCGCGACACGGGCCACUCCGUCGAUGAACGGAAGCGCAUUGCGCAAGAACGCAAGCGUCGACGUGAAGAGGGAGAAGAGGCCGCCGUCAUGCAGGCCGCCAAGGAGGUCAAGACCGAGAGCGGCGAGCACGCCAGCACACACGACAAUAAUUCUGCGUCCUGA